GUACUCAUUUGUUUGGGCUGCGCGCGACUCUUAUAAAGACAGAUACAAAUGCGGCGAAGUUGGCUGUUGAUGCGUGCAGGUGGUUAUGAUCUUGCGUUCCUGCCAUAACGAACGUUUAUUCUCUCUUAUAUGAUAAAGUUACAUCGUCCUGAACUCAUCUUUAGGGGGUUGCACGCGAGUUCAUCAUGAAUAUGCACUUUGAAGGGUCCAGUAACGUCACCCUGUUGUUUGAUUUCUGGAACGUGCACGGGCCUGCAGGGAUGGUGCUGUCAAUCUUUGUUGUUCUCCUGUUCACUGUGUUCUAUGAGCUUCUAAAGGUGUGGAAGAUCACCAUAGAAAAACAGACACAAUUCCCCAUUACACAGCCUUCUGGUCCAGUGUCAUUCUCUGCUGACCAAGCCUGCUUUGCUCCUGUCAUGGGGUGUCAAGGGGGAAGCUCAGAUCUGGCCGGCAGCCCUUCGGAGAUCUCAUUAGCUCCCACUGAGAGUACCACUGCCACUGAUAGCACAACAUCCACUGCUAAGAGUUGGCUUCUGCACGGCCUCCAGACUGCCAUACAUGUCCUGCAGGUGACACUAGGCUACAUGCUCAUGCUUUGCGUCAUGUCCUACAAUGUGUGGAUCUUCCUGGGAGUCAUUGUGGGCUCAGCCCUGGGAUACUUCCUGGCUUUCCCUCUCCUGAAUCACGUUUGAGAAGGCGUAAAGAUGAAGGAAUGUAAAACAAGACGCUACAGCCCGAAAAGCUUGCAAAUCUUAAUUUACUGAAAACUUCAGAUCACAAGCAAUGAGGAACUGUUUCGAUUUUGUUUAUGGUGCCAGAUUUGUGAACUUACAAGCAAAAUAGUUAUUGCUUUGAACAAUAAGAUGUGCACACCCUCAAGAGAUGUGACAUUAGGUAGUUUGAACAGUGAUGGAUUCAUGUUUCAACAAAAGUUUGGUGAGAACCAUCAUGAGAGAAUGGUGUGACAACAGGCUAGGCACAGUUUUGUAAAAGUGUUGGUUACAUUUUAAACCUCAUUGGCUGUGACUCGUUUGGAAGACUGCGUCCUCCGGAGGUCGCUCGCAUACGUCAUCGAGGCUGUCUCGUUUCAGAUAAGCGAGUAGGACAUUUCGGAUGCAGCCUUCAGUAUAUGAGGUGUAUCCUUCGUGGGCACUCACAACCCACAAUUAUUUGCUUCAACGGAAAUGUCUAAAAACAAAUGACGCCAAUUUGCCUGUUAAUAUGCUAUUCAAACGCAAGGCAUGUUCAUUCCCAAGUUGAAGUACCUGAGUAGAUGGGUGCAGAGUAUUAAUUAUAUUAAUAUAUAAUUAAAAUAACGUAUAAUAAACUAAAAGUACACCUGUAAAAUCUAUUUUCUUGUCUCUUUACAUCAUUUAUAACUCUCCUAAAAUGUACCUCAUGCAUUCCCUUUCAGCGGGACUUUGUUCCCUUCUCACUUAAAGCGCUCGCGCUUGUUAAAGAGUGACGUGCUGUCAUAGCAACCAUGUCAAGUUACAUUUCCGUUUCUCCUACGAAGACCGUCUCUAUUAAACAAGGCUUGUUUAAAUGAGGACACUUGGUAUACUGCAGCCUUCAAAGACCACGUCCUACCUAGCAUGCAGCCUUCCAAACGAGACACAGCCUUUUUUUUUUUUUCCCCCACACAUGCAUGUUGAAGUACUGCAAGAUUUGCUAAUUAAAGUUAAAGGAAUGUUCCGUGUUAUACUCAAUCGACAGCAUAAAUGGCAUAAUGUUGAUUACCACAAAAUGUAAUUUGAAUCGCCCCUCUUCUUAAAAAAAAAAAACAAAAUUCAAGGUUGCAGCGAGGCACUUACAAUGGAAGUGAAUGGGGCAAAUUUGUGGAGGGAAAUGUGAAGCUUACAAUUUUAUAAAAGCAUUUGCAUUAAUGCUUUUAAAACUUGUAUAUUACUUGAGCUGUAAAGUAUUCAUUUUAUGGUUUGUUGACAUUACAUCAUCUUGGUAACAAAUGUGUAAAAUUGGCUAUAACCUUACACAUAGGGUGGCAACGGUAUGAGAUUUUCACGGUAUGAUAACCAUCUCAUAAAAUAUCACGGUAUACCGUAUUACACAAUUACUAUUAUCAGUGAAAACAUAAGGGUUAUUUUAUUUAGCUAUUUAUUUUUGAGCAAACAAUUUAUUAUAAUUGAAACUUGAAACCAUUUAUUUUAUUGAAGUAUGUGUAAAGUACUUUUGAAAAUAAAAUAAAUGGAAAAAAUAAAAAAGCUAACAGAAUUAUAAUAAACCGAAUUAUAAACAUGAUAAAAAAUAGCAUGUAACUAUAACAUGUUGUAUAACUAAAGCAUUACAUGUUAAAUGAACUACUAAAUGAAAAAUAACAUCAGCUGUGUGAGAUUUUAAAGUAAUGUCCUAUGAUUAUUAACAGUUAACAUACAGGUGCACCACAGCGAAGCCAGACUGCUCCGGUCUGUACCUUUAACUCAGUGGUUCUCAACUGGUUUUGCUUCAGGACAGAUUUUACAUUGGACAUCAAGUGUCGACCUGCCAUAGAUUAAAUAAACAUAACCUGUAUUUAAUGUAUUCUGGAUUGCAUUUCCUUUUAUGUUGCAUAUUGUUCAUGGUUUUCCAGUACAAGGACAUGUACUGUUCAUUAUUUUUGUUGUUGAUGUCAAAAUCUACAGGAAGUUUUCUCUCCCCCUUUUAAAAAUUGAAGAGCAUAUUUAAUUAUAUGGGCCCAUUAUUAUCCCAUUUGUUACCUAAUAUAAAAUAUUUAUACACGUAUUACACAGAAGGAAAGGCUCCUCAUUACCAUGGUUAGGUCAGUGUGCAAGUCUUAAAUAAUAAUAAUAAAUUAAUGUAUUUAUGAAAAAUAAAUACUAUCUGAAACACAUCUUGAAACUUUAACUACAACUGCCACUGUUGAUAUAAAAUGAGGUCUAAUAGAUUCUACCUUUAGAUUAUUUCAUAUGAAACAAUCUAAAUUGUUUUUUGUCAAAAUAUAACUCAUGUAAAAUCCUGAAACAAAUUUGUAAAGGUGAUGGUGUGUAAUUAAUUAAUUUUUUGGGCGCAUAGCACUUGCUCUUUUCCUCCUCAGUGCUGCUUGUCAUGUCAGGGCUGCUACUGUUUGAGAGGUUCGAAUUGACAAUCUCCGUAACACUUUAAACUAAAGUGUUAAACUAGAAAAGUCUCGCUAGAAUUGAAAUUGGUCACAGUUUUGAUGUCUGCGCUCCGCAAUAUCGAGGGAAGCCCAGUUGUUGAACGCGCGCGCCAGAGGGAAGAGCAGAUCAUUAGCGCGAGCUCGUUACACUCGCGAAAGUGCAGAUGAGAAGUCUUUAGCUGUUUGCGAGAUUAUUAUUAAAUCUGCCUCGGCUGGUAAAUACUCGAUCACUUGGGCGGCCGCCGAAAUAUCUUCAAUGGGAGAAGUUAACAUGGCAUUGUUAUUUCCCUGCUGUCCGUGACCCAGUCCGAAUAGACCAGUUGAGAAACACUGCUUUAACUCACACACACACUCUCAUGUCAGACCCCCUCACCUCGCUUCUCUCUGACAUCUGCUGCGUGUGUGUGGUGGCGCAAGUUGACAAGUCUGACAGACAGUCGAGAAGGAGAUGCGCAGGCGCAUGUGAGAAUCUCCGUCUGGUUACAUUUUUUUCUCAAUACCGUAGAUAAACAAAAUGUACAUAGUAUGAUAACCGUCAAUUUUCAAACCGUGGUAUACCGCUGCAACCUUAGUUACACAUAAAAGGUUAGUAAGUGAUUUUAUCACACUAGAAUAAUUUUUACACGCAUAUCCUUUGUCUUCUAGCUAUGCUUUUAAAUCGGUAAGUAUUUAAAAAAAAUAAAUUAACCCAGAUUUAUAUAAGAAAAUGAGGGAUGAGUCAAAAUCAGUUUUUGUGGUAAUCUGCCACAAAUGCUGUCUAUUGAGCUUGACUUGUAUUGAACCCAGCAUAUUCCUUCAAGCUGGUGUUUGGUGGGAAAUUACACAAGUCUUAAACCAUGUGAUGUUUGUAGUAGACUUCCUAAAUGAGUCAAGAUCAGGCACACUGGAAAUUACAUCGGAAAGGGAACACAAAGUAUAGGUUGAAAAUGAGAUACAAAUCAUGGUUCAAUCCAUGGUUUGUGCAAUGGUUCAUUUCUAAAAGAGAGAUUUGUGUUUGUGGAAUGUUUUAAAAUGGGUUUACAUGUCUAAAUCAAAUAAAUUGUUGAAACAGUCUUGGAUUAAUCUGUUGUAAUGCAAAGUUGUACCACACAGAUUUUAAUUCAAUGUUUCACACAAAGGCUUUACAACAAAUUAAAAUUUUAUAUAGAAGAAUACAUCCGGUCAUUGAAUUGGGGAGGUCAGGUCAAAUGUAAUCAUUAAUCACCAUUCACUUUCAUUGUAUAGAAUCAAAUACAUUUUGGGUGAAUGAUCCCUUUAAUAUGGACAGACAUUUACAAUGGUUUCAGGGGUGGGUCUAUGUCUGCUUUUUACAAUCUUGUACGAAUAGGACAAUUUUAUGGACUAUAAUUUUGUAGCAUAUUUGUUAAAUCAUAAUAACUUAAACUUAUUCAACCUGCAAAACAUUUUCAAAAUAAUUGGGAUUUAUUUUUCCCACUGCUGACUUACAAAAGAAUAAAAGCAGGGUGUAGAAAAUGUCACACUGAACACACUUCAUUUUAAUGAAAAUAUGUUUCUGUGGGGCUUAAGCAAUGUUGCUGCAUCAGUAGUUUUACAUCAAAACUAAAUCAGAAUGUUUCAAAGUAAACAAGUGGAUGUGAAAUAAAUUAAUAGACUUCUAUCAAAUCUGAACUGUGAAACUUUUUAAACAGACAGCUGCAAUAAUCCAAUCCUCAACAUGCAUUGAAGAUUGAACAACUAACAGUUUACUUCCUCUGUUACACACAAACACAGGUGGAGGACGCACAGCACUCCAUGAAAGGUCACAGCAUGUGUGAUUGCCAACUAUAAAACAUUCUAGAGGCACCGAAGGCAUAUUAUGCGAUCUGUAUUAUGCAUGGUAUGCACAAUGCGUUCUAAAGCAGUAAGGUCACUUUGUAUUUUUUAUAAACCCAAAGUAAUCAGACGAAUAAAAUCAUACACUUUAAUUUAUUAGGAAUGCAUUCACACAAUAAUUUUGUAAGUCCUCAACUAUGCUCAUUCAUACCUAGUGUUUGAAUAUAUCCACAGCAAAGGGAAUUAAAAAAAACAAAAACUAUUUGGUUUAAUGUAACUAGCAGCUGGCCCCAAAUAUCACUGAAGUUUUCUACAACUCAGAGAUCCUCUCUAAUGCACAAUGCUACUUUGCAUAUACGAGUAGUCAGGUGGAGUCUAUUUAUACAUCUGCAUUAGCUCAGAAGUCUCCUCAUGACAGAAACUGGAAUAAUACUAACAACCCUCGCUGAUGUCAAGGGAUGAAGGAAUGCCCCCCGCAACCAAAUGUGAUGAUUUGCACAGAAAUAAGGAAAUACAGAGCUGUAAAGGGCAUUAAUAAAUCAUAUUGUGAAACCUCUGCCACAUAUAAUUAUUACUGUGGGAGUCAUGAGUAAAUAAAAAGGAUCACAUUUUAAAGGCACAAAGGUGUCAUAUACAUGUAUACAUGAUAGAAUAAUCUAUACACACACACACACACACACACACACACACACACACACACACACA